AUUUCUCAUCUAUAAAAAGCAACCAAAUGCCAAAUAAACCUCGGCGAAAAUUACCCCACUAAACAUCGCUAACUUGUUGCAUUGUCAAAGGCAGUGAGGCAAAAAAGAAACAAUGACUGAAGACAGGGAGGGAAAUACGCAUCUACGAGAAUUAAUAAUCUGUUUCGAAAAGAUUAAAGAUUUAAAACCACAUUUUUCUUCAGAAGUAUGUAUAUACAGAGUGCACGAGAAGCUGCGUACAGCAAACCCAGAGGCUUAUACACCUUUGACAAUUUCCAUUGGGCCUAACCAUCAUAAACCUUGCAAUUCGAGGUUGUGGGAGUUGGAAGGGUUGAAGGAAUUUUAUACACUGUCCCUUUUAAACAGAGCACAAGGAGUGGGUGUGGAGGAGUGUUGGAAGAAAUUAAAGGAGUUGGAAGGCAGAGCUAAGAGCUAUUAUAAUGAUCACGUAAGAGGUCUUGGGGAUGAAUUCGUGAAGAUGCUAUUGCUUGAUGGUUGCUUUAUACUGGAAUUUGUUAUUAGAUCAUUUCUUCGAGCGCUUGGCGGAGUGCGAGAAUACGACGAUGAUCCCAUUUACAAUAUUAGCGGGAUGGAAAGAUAUAUUGUUCGUGACAUGUUGCUCCUGGAAAACCAACUCCCCUUCUUUGUUCUGCAAUCACUCUAUGACAUGAUUAUUGGUCGGUCUGGCAACAUAGAAUUCUCAGACAUGGUGGAAUUUGUAUUUCGGAUUAAGAUAGGAAAGAUGAACAUUUUCUCCCUACUCGGUAGUACUGAGCUCAACCCUCAAGAGAUAAAGCAUUUACUUCAGGCAGUGCACAUUUUCUGCCGACCCCCCCAACCCCUAAUAAAUAAUGGGAAGAUUCAACUGCAGCAGGAGGAGGCAUGUUCUUCUUGUUGCUUUUGGGAACAACCACAAAAAAGUACAUUCGAUUCAUCCAUUGUACGGGCUGCAAGUGAGCUUCAAGAAGCUGGUGUUGACAUAAAAAAGGUUAAAGAAACCACAACUACUACUCUAUUUGAUAUAAAGUUCAAUCAUGGCGUAUUAGAGAUCCCAUCUUUCACUCUCUUUGAUCUAACAGAAACCUUCCUCAGAAAUCUCAUAGCCUACGAGCAACAUUCGUGGGAUGUGCGUCCCAAGUAUUUUACAGAUUAUGCCGUGUUCAUGGAUGAUCUUAUUAAUACAGAGAAGGAUGUCAACUUACUUCGUCUUAAAGAUGUUCUUUUAAAUGGAUUGGGAGAUGAGAAAGAAGUGACACAUCUUUUUAACAAUCUUUGCCGAGGGAUUAGGCCUUCUAGUAAUGAUGACUUCUAUUACAAAGAUGUGUACAACGAAUUGAAUGGACAUUACAAAAAAUCGUGGAAUGUGGCGAUGGCAAAACUAAGACGCAAUUAUUUUCAUAGUCCAUGGGCAGGGAUUUCUACCUUUGCAGCUAUACUGCUUCUUUCGCUCGCUAUUGUACAGACUGUCGUAGCUGCACUUGAUCUGUAUAAGUAAUUAAUUUCAUCAAUCUAAUAAGCUAGCUUAGUGUGUUGCGUUGUUAAGAAUGUUUGCUGAAUAUAUAUAUAUUUUCAAGUGGUUUAUGCAAUGAAAUUAUUAUUAUUAUUA